UAAUAAAGCCAGCCUUGAACGCUUUCACCAAAAUUCCUUCUUCUCCACUGUUUUCUCCUCAAAAUUCAACCAUUUCGCUGGUGUUGCUAAUUAAUCAUCAUAUAUCCAACAAUGGUAAUAAUCUCACAUGAAUCAUUCCCGCCAAGUAAACGUCUACCUCCGACGGGGCCGAUCGAUUCCCGGAAUCUCUCUGACCAUCGGCUUCUUCAUUCGCUUCUCGCAAUUUCGCUUGAGAUUUCGUCUAUACAGCCGAUUCGCUUUCUCCUCAGGAGAAACACUUAUUCGAUGAUUAGAAGGUCAAAGCUGGUAAGCAUUCUGUUCGAAGAGCUUCUCCGGAGCCCGGUGACGGCGUUUCCGCCGACGGCUGAGUUAUGUUUCGAGGAACUGUAUAUAGCUCUGCAGAGUAUAAAGGGUUUGAUUGAGGAUUGCCGGAAUUCGAGCAAGAUGUGGCUUCUGAUGCGGAGCGAGAUGAUCUCCAACAGAUUCCACCAGCUCUCCGUGGAGUUGUCCACGCUAUUGGACAUUUUUCCGGCGAAGGAUUUGGAGCUAGGCGAAGACGUGGAGGAAUUGAUCUGCCUUGUUCAGAAACAGAGCUCAGAAAAGGAAGCUUAUGUGGACUCUGGCGAUGAAGUUCUAAGAGAAGAUGUUCUACGUAUGUUGGACAGAAUUAAACAAGAAAUCGUCCCAGAUCAGGAAAAUCUCGCCGAGAUUUUCAGCAAAUUGACUCUCGGCGAUUCCACGAGUUGCAGCGAUGAAAUCGAUUGCUUGGAGGAUGAAAUUCAGAGCCAAACGGAUGCUAAGUCGAAAUCCGACAUUGUCGCUUUGAUAAGCUUGGUUCGCUACGCAAAGUGCGUCUUGUACGGCGCUUCUACGCCGAGAAGAGCCCAGAGACGACGGAAGACGACGGCUGAUGUGGUCGCCCCUGCAGAUUUCCGAUGUCCGAUAUCUCUCGAUUUGAUGAGGGACCCUGUGGUCGUGUCCACGGGACAGACGUACGACCGACCCUCGAUUUCCCUCUGGAUCGAAUCGGGUCAUAACACGUGUCCCAAGACGGGCACGUCGCUGACCAGCGGGGAGCUAAUUCCCAACGUGGCGUUGAAGAACACGAUAGCUACGUGGUGCAGGGAACAGAGAAUCGCGAUUGAAUUAACGGAUCCGAACGUGAAGUCUCACGGCGCCGUCACCAACAAGGCGGCGUUGGAGGCCACGAAGAUGAUGGUUUCGUUUCUGGUUAACCAAUUGAAGACUUCUCAGUCAGUUGAAACGGCUAACCGUCUGGUCCACGAGCUUCGGGCCUUGGCGAAGACCGAAUCCGAUAGCCGAGCCUGCAUCGCGGAGCUCGGAGCUCUGCCGCUGCUGGUCAAGCUUUUAGGCCCGGAGAAUCCGAGCCUGCAAGUCAACGCCGUCACGGCGAUUCUCAACCUCUCCAUCCUGGAAGCAAACAAGGCGAGGAUAAUGGAGAUGGACGGCGUUCUAAACGGCGUGAUCGAGGUGCUCAGAUCCGGCUCCACGUGGGAGGCAAAAGGCAACGCGGCGGCCACCGUGUUCAGCCUGACUGGUUUAAGCACCCACCGGAAGUGCCUGUGGAGCAAGACACGCGUAGUAAAGGGAUUGGUUAAUCUGGCGCGUGAAGGGCCCACGAGUUCAAAGCGUGAUGCGGUGGUGGCAAUUUUGAAUUUGGCGGGAGACAAGGAGGCGGCGGGGAAGCUAAUCGAAGGAGGAGUGGUGGAGAUGGCGGGGGAGGUGAUGGACGCGCUGCCGGAAGAAGCGGCUACGAUCCUCGAAGUGGUGGUGAAAAGGGGAGGAGUGGCGGCGGUUGCGGCGGCGUACCCUAUCAUUCAGAAAUUGACGAAGCUACUGCGUGAGGGAACGGACAGGACGCGGGAAAGCGCGGCCGCAACGCUGGUGAAUAUGUGCCGGAGAGGCGGGUCGGAGAUUGCGGCAGAGCUGGCGGCGGUCCACGGGAUCGAGCGGGUAAUAUGGGAGCUGAUGGGGACGGGGACGGGAAGAGGGCGGAGGAAGGCGGCGGCAUUGUUGAGGAUACUGAGGAGAUGGGCCGCAGCAGGCCCAAACGAGGAUUCGAAUGUGAGCGGUACAACAAGGAUAUUAUUGCCCGGACGGGUGACCUAACCCCUCCAUAUUUGUUCUGAAACUCAACAAAAUUUCAUAUUUAUAUUUGUUAAAAGAUAUUUGUACAUAUUCAUUCAUUUCAAAGACUUCAACCACACAUAUUAAACUGAAACACAGAGCAUGAAUUUCCA